AAUGCCGAAGGGUAAUAUGAUUACGAAGUUGGAAAUAUAUCUCUCAGAUUGUCCAAAAAAAUUAAAAUGAAUAAUUAGAGAAUUAAGGUUUAGGGUUUUCAUCAAGGAAACGCCCCCAUUUUCAUCGUCAUGGACCGGCCGGAGCCGGAAAACCCCGACGUCGUUCCUACUACAGCUCUGGCAUAUCUUGAUCGGAACUACUGGGAUAAGAGGUUCGCUCAAGAGGAACACUACGAAUGGUUCAAAGAUUAUUCCCAUUUCCGUCACAUUGUUCUUCAACACAUUAAACCUCAAACUUCUGUGUUGGAGCUAGGAUGUGGAAAUUCUCAGUUGUGUGAAGAAUUAUAUAGAGAUGGCAUUACUGAAUUGACCUGCAUUGAUUUGUCUCCCAUUGCAGUGGAGAAGAUGAAACAAAGAUUGAUAAACAAGGGAUACAAAGAAAUAAAAGUGCUGGAAGCUGAUAUGCUAGACCUGCCUUUUGAAGAUGGAUGUUUUGAUGUGGUUAUAGAGAAAGGAACAAUGGAUGUGUUGUUCGUGGACAGUGGUGACCCGUGGAAUCCACACCCUGCAACAGUGGAGAAGGUGAUGAAAAUGCUUCAUGAAAUUCACAGAGUUCUGAAACCCGAGGGCAUAUUUAUAUCUAUCACAUUUGGCCAGCCACACUUCAGGCGCCGGUUCUUUAGUGAUCCUGAGUUUACCUGGUCUAUGGAGUGGAAUACUUUUGGAGAAACAUUCCACUAUUUCUUCUACGUCUUGAAAAAGGGACAAAGAUCAUCAGAGAGCGAGGAGUGCAGGGAGAAAGCUCAUAUGCCAUCAAUAUCUCUAUACCAUGACGAAUUAGAGGGUGAAGACUUUUUAUUCAGAACCAACAUUGAUGAGAUGGAAAGCUAGAAAUGAAAUGUAAAUUGCGACUCGCUACCCAUUGCUUUAUGUCUUUUAUUUUAGGACUGAGAUUUAACAAAAAAAAAAUGUAAUUUUUCCAUCACAAUAAUUGAUAUCGGUAGAGGAAGGGGUUGGACCUUCGACCUUGUGGUUAACAGCCACACGCUCUAACCAACUGAGCUACUCCAGCGUCUUGAAGAGCAAUUUGAUUACCAGUCCUACUCAAGUUGUAUUAUCCUGUUUACCUAUUAUUCAACACAAAAUUAAAGGUUUGUGUUACGUUCCUUUGCUUAUUUUCUUGGCCAUGAAAUGGACAUUGAAAAAUGGUUAGUUUUUGUUCUUCAA